UAUAUAAGUUUUACAAAAGAUCGAGCAAGAAAAGAAUGAAGUGAGACGGUGUUCGGCUUCUUCUUCACAUAUCGAAAUGAGAAGAGUGGUUUCAAUGACUUAACACAACUUGCGAAUGAAUCCAAAUUCCAAAUUUAUAAGUUAUAGUUUAGGUACCACACUCAACCAAGACUACAGACUUUCCUCUCACAUUCGUUCGAGUGGCUUCGCUCCUUAUCGAAGGCUUUUACUACUCGAUCACUAUAAGACUUGGUUUCAACAUAGAGGAUAAUUACUACAGUUUCUGAGUUCUCACUUCCUUGAUUGCUUGAUUUAUCUAUAGCUAGCCUCGAGUUUUUAGCAAAUUUUUCUACAAUGGAGUCGGCGAGCGUACUCCGAUAUCUCGAGGGCAAGACCAUCUUAGUUACCGGAGGUACCGGCUUCCUUGGAAUGGUGUUUCUGGAGAAAAUAUUGAGAGUUCAGCCAGAUGUGAAAAAGAUUUACCUUCUUUUAAGAUCAUCCGACACCAAGUCAGCGACAAAGCGCAUGAACAAUGAGAUCAUAGGGAAGGAGUUGUUUCGAGUACUGAAAGAGAAACGAGGGGCAGAUUUUGAUUCCUUCAUUUCGAAAAAAAUUGUUGCUCUUCCGGGAGACGUCACUUCUGAAAAUCUCGGAGUUAAAGAGUUGACACAGAGGGAGCAGAUGUACAAAGAAAUAGAAAUCAUAUUCAACUGUGCAGCCACUACAAACUUCGACGAAAGGUAUGAUAUCGCACUGGACGUCAACGCAUUUGGAGUGCUGCAUGUGAUGAACUUUGCAAAGAAAUGCUUAAGACUAGAGAUGUUUCUCCACGUAUCGACUGCUUAUGUAUGUGGUGAGAGGGGUGGACUCUUACUCGAAGACUCAUCUUCCAUGGAUGAAAUGAUAAAGAAGAUGACCAAAUUUGAUUUUGAGGCAGUGGAAAAGAAACUGGUCAAGGAGAAACUGAAUGAACUAAAAGCACAAGGUGCUUCUCAGGAAGUUGUUACAAAUACAAUGAAGGAUUUCGGCAUUGAAAGGGCUAAAGUAUACGGAUGGCCAAACACAUAUGUAUUUACCAAAGCGAUGGCAGAAAUAUUUCUAGGACGCGUAAAAGACAAUCUACCUCAUGUCGUUAUACGUCCAACAGUGGUUACAAGCACUUAUAAGGAGCCAUUUCCUGGUUGGAUUCAAGGAUUCAGAACCAUUGAUAGCGUAAUUGCUAGCUAUUACAAAGGCAAUCUGCCGUGCCUACUCGUCGACCCAAUGUUAGUAUUUGAUAUGAUUCCGGUGGACAUGGUGGUGAAUUCGAUAAUCACAUCAAUGGCAGUGAAUGCAAAUAAAUCUUCUAGCAUCAUAUAUCAUGUAGGAACUUCACUGAGAAAUCCUGUAAAAUUCUGUGAUAUUCAUAGCAUCAUCUUCAAAUACUGCACCGAGAAUCCAUGGAUUAAAAAGGAUGGAACCAUUGUUAAGGCUGGCAAGUUGACUAUGUUCAAGACUAUGGCUAGCUUUCAAAUGUACAUGCGAAUUCGCUACAUGAUACCUUUGCAGGGAUUAAGGUUGGUGAAUAUAGCCUUCGGCCACUAUUUUCAAGACCUGUAUGCGAACUAUGACCGUAAACUCAAAUUGGUGAUGCGCUUGGUAGAGCUAUAUAAACCCUACAUGUUAUUCAAGGGCAUCUUUGACGACACCAAUUCAGAAGAGUUACAGAAAAUAGCAAUCGAGAGCUUCAAAGAUGCAGAACUGUUCAAGUUUGAUCCGAAAUGCAUUAACUGGGAAGACUACAUCUCAAAAACUCAUGUUCCUGGCCUUCAAAAACAUGUUAUGCUGAAGAGAUAAUUUGGAGAAUAAUUUUAUUACAUAACGAGUAAUCGUGUUUGAAUACUUGAUUUUAUAUUUUUCUCUGCUCAAUUAUUCAUGUGAUGAAGUCCAUCAGUAAUUGUUAUUGUAUGGUCAUAUUAUUUGGCAACUUGAGGACAAGAGAUUUGAACAAUGUUUGAGUUCUAAGAAAUUUAAUAAUCUAGCUCAUCUGAGCUUGCAUC